ACAAUGAAGGGAGAAUUGCUUCAAAUGCAACAUCAGGUCAAAGAGAUGUUUAACACACAGAAAGAAAUGCUCGAAGCAAUCCGAAAUCUUACAACUGCCUAUGAAAUGAGUACAGCGAAAGGCAAAGCUGCAUCCUCCCAUGACACAAAAGGGAACAUUGUUGUCCUUGGUGGGCAAAAUGGUGUAUUCGUGAGCAGUAGUUGGCUCAAUUCUGUUGAAGUGUAUUCCUUGGCCAAUAGAACAUGGAGUAAAUUAGCACCAAUGCAAGAAAGGAGAGCAGCUGCAACCGCACAUUUCCACAAUGACCAAGUCAUGGUUACUGGCGGAAGUUAUGGUGUGCGCAGUGCAACUUGGAGUGUAGAAUACAUCCAAAUCCCUGGAAAAGAUUUGUCAUUCAAAGGUUUGUUAGAUGCCUUUCUUAUAGGCAAAUUGCCAUUUGAAUGCUGUGGUCACAAGACAACCAUCCUAAAUGAUUAUCUGUGGCUUGUUGGAGGUUCUGACUUUCGUAAUCAACAGCCAUGCUCAAGUGCCAUUUACAUGAAGUCUCUUCAGCGACACUCAACUGGUAUUUUCCAGAUUAAGUGCCGAAUGCCUGAACCACUUUCAUACCAUGCGUUGGAAGUAGUUGACAAUGAAAUUCUAAUCAUUGGAGGAUCGACUAAUGGUGGGGCAGAUGGUAUUGUUAAGACAGUUUUGUCAUACAAUACAGCCACCAAUGCGCUCAGAGAAGUACAUCCACUUCCAUUUCCGAUGGCUGAUAUGGCAACUGUUAAACAUGGUGAUGAUGUAAUCAUUAUCGGAGGAGUAAACAAGGAUCGUGAGUAUUUGAACACAGUUUUCAAGUACAACCAUAAGAAGCGUGUAUGUAAGCAAUUACCAGGAAUGAAACACAAGAGAGAUGAAUGUGCCGCUGUCAUUUCUGGUUUACCCGGGACUGUCCCGGUUUGGACUAUGUUGUCCCGGUGUCCCGGUUUUCUUCUUAUUGUCCCGGUUUCUGUAGUAUUUUAAUAGUUGUAUUCUUCAAAUAGGACUCAUGUGACAAAUAUUAAUGAAAUUCGUUUGGUUCAAUACAUAUUAAUGAAAUAGGAGCUUCUAGUUGCCCCAAACAAUUGCCGAGUUUGUCACCGAUCGUUGUAAUUCUCGUGAGAUACGUUGUUUUGACAAUUUAGCCUCAGAAUAAAGAUCAGUACCAGAAGGGCCACUCAGCGGUGCAACGUGUCACCAUUUUUCUAUGCAAAAAUAUGCAGUUGACUGGCCAGAAGGGGGGCCUUCAGCCAAUACAGCGCGUUUAUUGGCCAGAAAAUGUAAUCGACUGGCUAGGAAGAUGGCGGCCAGGGGGCCCUUCUGUGUGCCUUAUUCUGUGAUUUAGCGUUCGCUUUCAAUACCUAUUCAUUUUUGCCAGGGUUACAUGAAGUAAAGCAGCGUAACAGCUAGGAAGGCGGGCGAAAUAAUCGCGGGCUCUUGAAUAGGAGAGGGUCCGACCAUAGUUCAAAAGACCAGUAGUAAAACAGGGCCGUAGCAACCGGGGGGCUGCCCCCCCCCCCCCAAUAAUUUGCUAAUAAUCAUUCUUUUUUCAAAAUCAUGCAGACCUUUAUAAUUUAAUCCAUGCAAAACUGCAAAGAAUGAAGAUAUACCUGCAUUUCGCAACCCAUAAAGGAAGACCUAAACGUUUCUUCACCAGUACUUACCAAAACAAAUUUUGACAUAAAACUGUUUUAGAAUAACCUAACUCCUGUCCAACUUUCCCAAAAGUUCAGAAACAAGGACUGAGACUUCAAUUGAAAAUUUCUGGCCAGCCUGUCAGCCCCAAUCAAAAACAGCUUCCUAUGGCCAUGCAAAAAGGAAACAAUUUCGCCAGUGGCCCAGUACAGUAUUUCAAUGAAAUUAAAGCUUGUUGAGAAGAUGUUAUAUUACUUAUCGGUUUCAACGUUAGUGUAAUAAAAUUAGUUUAUGUAGCAUCCACUGUGAAUUUAUUGUUUAAUUCAAACUCAACUCAGCCAAUUUUAACACUAACCCAAAUAGACACCACAUCAAUGAGAAAAGCGCGGCAUUUAUUCGAGGGAGGCGUUUAUUUAAGUUAAAUGGGAAAAUUGGGAAGUGUCCCGGUUUUGAGGACUCGGAGGUUGGAAUGUCUGGGGAUACUAGUCCAAUGCUCUGCCAACUGAGCUACAAGGCCAUUGUAAUGGCAUGUUGAAGAAUAUAUGUACACAAUAUACUUCAAAGUAUAUUGUGAAAAAUGUAAUUAUAUGGAGAAAGAUUAAGUUUCAAAACCCAUUCCAAGAUUAAAGUGUUUACUACUGUAUACUGGUACUAAAAUGCUUGUAUAAAUCCAAGCCUGAAAAUAAGCGGCUGGUCACAGACAUUGUUCGGUACGAGAAGGUCAUUUUUUGCCAGACAGAUUGUCCGGCAGAAUAUUAAUACAACUAUUGGUCAAACGGUCCAGCUACAACCGGCAUUAAAAAUUUAAUUAUAAUAUUUCAAAAUAUUUGCAUUCCGCAUUUAACUAUUAUUUGUAUGUCCAAUUUCAUUGCGUAUGAAUAUUAAGACCAACCUUGAUAUUAUAAGGUAAAACUCUUAUAAGAAUAUAAGGUAAUAUAUUAUAAUAAUAUAAAAUAAUAUAUUAUAAUAAUAUAAUAUAUAUUAUAUAUAUUAUAUUAUAUAUAUAAUAUAUAAUAUAUAAUAUAUUAUUAUUAUAUAUAUAUAUUAUAUAUAUAUUAUUAUUAUAUUAUAUAUAUUAUAUAUUAUAUAAUGUAAUAUGUUAUAAGGUAA